AUGGGGCAUCAAGAUCGCCUUAUAGCCAUGUACGAGACGACGGAGGAGGUGGUGGGGCUGCAAGUGAAAGCAAAAUAUUGGAAUCCACCGCUAGAACAAAGACAGAUAUUCACUUAUAUGACUCCGGUGAGAUUGGAGGAAAUUCAUCGGACGGGAGUCCAGCAGUUUUGGAAGGAUUGGGAGAUUUACUUGAUUCGCCAGUCUUGGAAUCCUAAUCAUCCGAUUCUGAUCAAUACAGCUCUUCCCAAACCCAAUCCCCAAAUGAAAUUGUGUAUUUGGAAUGUUCGUGGUGCAAAUAAGAAUGUGUUUAUGGAUAAUGCAAAGGAUAUUAUUGCAAAUCAACAUCCGCAAAUUUUUAUUUUUCUGGAAACUAAAGCAGAUGGGAGUAGGGCUAGAGAGGUGAUGAUGGAGUUAAAAUUUCAUGACUACAGGGUUGUGCGUCCAGUGAAUACAAGGGGGGGUAUUUGGGUCUUCUGGAGAAAUACAGUUGAUUUGGUUCUCUUUGACGCGGAAUACCAUCAUUUUCAUGCAUUAUUCCAUUUCAAGAAUUUGGGUAAGGAGGGCCUAGUCACUGCAAUGCAUGCACCUAGUAAUCCAGCUAAAAGGGGCCAAUUUUGGGAUCAAUUACGCUCUGAUUUGCCACCCCCUAAUUCCCCAUGGUUGGUUGUAGGGGAUAUGAAUGAAGUUAUUUCUCAAUCUGAAAAGAUGGGAGGGAGACCAGUUCGAGGAACGCAAGGCCGUAAUCUGAUCAACUUUAUGGAUGAUGCGGGGCUGGUGGAUAUUGGCUAUAAUGGUUGUAAGUACACUUGGACUAAUGCUAGAGAUGGAAUGGAGCUAAUUCAGGAGCGUCUGGACCGAGCUUUAGCCAAUUCUCCAUGGCUGGACAGUUUUCCUCAUACUAAGGUUCAUCAUCUCCCUCGAAUUCAUUCUGAUCAUUCUCCAAUUUUAGUUUCUUUGGAUAAUUGUGCUGUGAAUGGCCCGUUCCCUUUUAGAUGCAAAGAGGUGUGGUUAUCUCAUCCAAAUUUUUCUGAUUAUUUUGUUCAAAAUUGGAAACCUCCUAACAAUGACUUUUUAAAUGGUAGGAAUAGAUUUUUAAAUACUAUUCGUAACUGGAAUCAUAAUAUCUUUGGGAACCUCAAUAAACAAAAAAGAUCCAUUAUGGCUAGAAUUGAAGGAAUACAAAUUGCUCUUAGUAAAAAGUACUCUCGGUUUCUUGUUAAUUUAGAAGCUGAUCUUUUGACUAAUCUUAAUGAUAUAUAUAAAAAGGAGAGAAUUAUUUGGGCACAAAAGGCGGGUAUUAAUUGGCGUAAAUAUGCUGACUAUAAUACGAAAUAUUUUCAUACUAUAGCAAAAAUUAAAAAAUCAAAAGGAAAAAUUUUAACCCUAAAAAAUGAUCAAAAUGAAUGGGUCUCUGAUCAAUUACUUUUAAAAAAUAUGGCUUCUUCUUAUUUUCAGUGUCUUUUUACUUCUCAGCAUAUUCAGGGCAAUUUUAUUUUCAAUAACAAAAGCAAUCUAAAACUUACUGAGGAGGAAAUCAGAGAUCUAUCCAUCAUGAUUUCAAUAGAGGAGGUUAGACAUAAUCUCUUUUCUAUGGACCCUAUUAAAACCCCUGGCCCGGAUGGUAUCCAACCAAUUUUCUUCCAAAAACACUGGAACAAUCUGGGAACAACCAUUUAUGAUUUUUGUGUUUCCUGUUUUAGGAGUGGUUCAGUUCCUAAGGAGAUCAAUAAGUCCUAUAUAGCCCUAAUUCCGAAAAUUGCUAAUCCAUCCCUUAUUACGGAAUUUAGGCCCAUAGGGCUUUGUAACACUAUUUAUAAAUUAAUCACAAAAAUAAUUUCUUCUAGAAUCAAGCCUAUUUUAAAUCGGAUUAUUAGUCCGUUGCAAUCUAGUUUUAUCAAGGGACGAGGAAUAGAGGAUAAUGUUAUUUUGGUCAAAGAAAUGGCUCAUCAUUUUCAUAAAGCAAAAAAGAGGAAUAAAAUUAUGGCGUUAAAAUUGGAUAUUACGAAAGCUUAUGAUAGCUUAGAAUGGGAUUUCAUAAGAGAAACCUUAUUGUUUUUUGAUUUCCCAAACCUUCUCAUUAAUCUGAUCAUGUCUUGUAUUACAUCGUCUUCUAUUUCUGUUCUUUGGAAUGGAGAAAUUUGUGAUCCUUUCACUCCUUCCAGGGGAAUUAGGCAAGGGGAUCCUCUUUCUUCUUAUAUUUUUGUCCUUUGUUUGGAUAGACUUUCUACUAUGAUUGAGGAUUUGGUUACUCAGGGUCAUUGGAAACCUAUAGCUUUGACCAAAAAUAUUAAAAUUUCUCAUGUUUUUUAUGCGGACGACGUUUUUCUUUUUAGUAAUGCUUCGGUGGAUAAUAUGAAUGUAGUAAUGUCUGUAUUGGAACAAUUUGGGAAUAUGUCAGGGUUAAAAUUAAGUCUCACCAAAUCAACUCUUAUUUUUCCUAAAUCCCUUAAUCAUAAUAUAAGAAGAGACAUAGCUGGUAAUUAUGGCAUUAAGAUUUCUUCCUCUUUUGGUAAAUAUUUGGGGGUGGAUAUUAGACCUCAUAAGCUAAAAAUUAAUAAUUACAGAGGUCUGUUGGAUAAAACGAUGGAUAGAAUAAGAGGUUGGCAAGCUAAGCUUUUGAAUAUGGCUGGACGUUGUACUUUAAUUAGAUCAGUCCUUAGAUCUUUUCCUCUUUAUGCCAUGCAAACUUCUCUAAUUCCUUCCAACAUUACCUAUGCUAUCGAAAAAUGUUGUAGAAAAUUUCUUUGGAACAAGGUGGAUAGAAGUAAUUAUAUGGCAAGAUUAGCUUGGGAUAAAGUUACUCUUCCUACUAAUAUUGGAGGGUUGGGAAUUAGAAGAUUGAAGGAUUGGAAUCUGGCGUUUAUGGCAAAACUAGGAUGGACUAUUCUUGAUAAACCAGAUAAAUUGUGGGUAAGAAUUUUAAAGGAGAAGUAUCUAAAGAAUUCAAACCUUUUAAACUCUAUGCCUAACUACAACCAUUCUCCCUUAUGGAGAGAUAUCCUUAGGGGCAAUCAUAUUCUUCAAAAGGGUUUAAUCAUAGGAAUUGGUAAUGGUAGGAACACUUCUAUUUGGUAUCAUCAUUGGGUAGGGGAAGCACCUCUUUAUACCCUUGAGGAUAUUAAAAUUCCAGAGUUGAAAGCCCAUUGGUUUGUCAAUAGAAUCAUUAGAAAUGGAAAGUGGUAUCUUGAUGAGAUUCAACAUCUUCUUCCUACUCAUAUUAAGGAUCUUAUUCUAGCUUACCCCCUUUCAAAUAAUAUGGAUGAAGAGGAUUUUAUAAGAUGGAAAUACUCAAAAAAUGGUGAUUUUGAUAUUAAAUCUGCCUAUCAUAUUCAAUUGCAUGAUCCUUCUCCUACUUCUUUUUCUAGCUUUCCGUGGAAAACUAUCUGGAAAAUAAAAUGUCCUUACAAAUACAAAAUGCUUCUUUGGAAUUGCUGUCAUGAAAUAUUACCAGUAGCUGCUAUUUUAAAUCAAAGAAUUCCAAAUAUUAGCCCUAUCUGCUCUAGGUGCCAACAGCAAAAAGAGGAUCACUUACAUCUUUUUAGGGAUUGCCCCCAAUCAAGUGUUCUGUGGUCCUUCAUUUUUCAGAGGGUUUGGAACACUGAACAUUUCCAGUUCUGUGCGUUUUAUAAUUCAAGUUGGAAGGAUUGGAUUCAUUUCAAUCUCCAUAAUUCUGCUUCUUGGAAAGUUAUAUUUAUUGUUGCUAUUUGGCAUAUUUGGAUCUCUAGAAACAAAGCUGUUUUUGAUCUCAAAAUGAAAAGUGCUUUCUCUCUUUAUAACUCUUUCUUUAUAGACUGGAACUCUACUAACUUGGCUUUGCAGGGUAAAAGUACAGAUAUCAAAACGAAUCUUCCCCCUAUUAGGAAGCAGUGGAUGCCACCUUUGGAAGGAUAUAUGAAACUAAAUAUUGAUGGUGCUUGGAAAUCAGGAAAUGUGGCAGGAGGAGGAGGUGUUUUCAGAAGGCACACUGGCUCCUGGUUUGUUGGGUUCUCUACUAAAUUUAGGGUUCAUUCUCCUUUGGCUUCUGAACUCUAUGCUUUGAGAGAGGGCCUAAAAAUUGCAAAGAACUUCUUAAUUGAUAAGUUAGAAGUUGAAACAGAUGCUUUGAAUCUUAAGCUCCUUCUUGAUAAAGUGAAAGAUCAUACUCAUCAUGAAUUGGGUCCGGUUCUUCGAGAGGUUACUCAGCUUUUGGGAGAAAACUGGAUCAUUAGUUUCUCUCACAUUCCAAAGACCUAUAAUAGAGUUGCUCAUGCUUUGGCAGCUCACUCUUUGAUUAUGGUGGUGCAACAUAAGCUUCACUACAUCAUUCCAUCUUGUGCAAAAGAGGAAUAUGAAGGGGAUUUUGAAAAAGCAAAUCCAGCAUAUGCAGAGGAGAUGAGAAGAAAUGCCCGGGAUCAAGUUCGGGCAAUGUGCAAUGCAAGAAAAGAAAAUGCAGCAAAAAACAACAAUAUAGCUCAGACUUCUUCAGCUACAGAAAUUGUCUUCGGUUCCAUAGUCUCUACUAUCAAACAGGUGAUGCAGGAUAAAGAUUCAGGAAAGGAUGGGAGCAAUACUGAAAAGGGUAAAGGAAAGGCUUUUGUUCCAUUUGUUGUUGGUAGUUCAACAAUUCCAAAGGAUAUAGAAAUUGUUGAAGUUGAAGACGAUGAGGAGAUCAAUUCUGUCACCAACAACUAA